GAUUACAGUGAUUGUAGAUGACGGCUGUGAAGCCCAGGCGUGAGACAAAGAGAGAGACAAACGACCCCUUCCCCCGAUCAUCGUCUUCCCCCAGUUCCCACCCUCCCUGGUAUUUUUAUUCUCCCUUUUAAUUUUAUUUAUUUUAAUUUCCAGAUUUUUGUUUUUCGCGGAGGACCGGCUGCGAUUUCCAUGCACCCACGCCCACCGUACGCGUGAAUUUUCUUCUCUCGAGAGGUAAAAGGAAGGAACCGGCUGGCGGGUGGGCCCCACCCUGUAAAUGUCCAUCACCGGGAGCCCCACCACCAGCAGCACCGUCGAUUGCGCUGCCUACCAGCGCAGCGACAGCACUGCCCUUGCUGCCGUCGCCGCCGCGGUGGAUCAGUUCCAGCACCGAUUGUCCUCCAAGCGCAAACUCGACGACUAUGGCGGGCCCACCUUCUCCGACGACGAGGACGACGCCGUUAUCUCUGACCUAGUCCACGUCAGGAUGAGGAAGGACGAGCCCAACGCUGCCGAUUCGUCGUCCAACGGCGCCCCCACCCACCCUCACUCCUCCGCCAAUAGUGACGCCCUCAAUUCCCGGGUUUCCAACGCCCGACCGACCUCUCACGGCGAGUCUGCUCACUCCGAGUCGACUCGGUCCCGGACAAUGCUCCAAUUCUUCAUCAGAACCAUGUCAGGGGGCAAUAAUUUGGUAAUCCAGGCCUAUGCUCAGGACAAGGUGAAAUCGCUACUCGAUCGCAUACAAACGAUCACCGGCAUUCCGGUUUUCGAACUGAGGCUUAUAUACGGGGGCAAACAGCUGCAGCCAGAGCAGUCGCUGGCCGAGUGCGCCAUACAAAACGACGCCAGUUUGCAACUGGUCGGCCGCUUGCGGAGCACCGAUCACCCUCAGGCCUGGCAACUCCUGGAGGACAUAGUCUCCGCCGCAUUUCGAAUGUGCCAAGGCGAAGAGAUUCACGAGCCUUCGAAAUACAUCAAGAGCAGGAUGAGCCAGUACUUGACCAUGGCUCAGAAGGAGACAACAGCCGGAUAUGGGGUUAGCCAUAUCCGGGUGUUUGUUCCGUCCUCGGCCCCCUUGGCGCUGCUGAUGCUCUAUGUUUCUCCCCUGCCAGCUAACAGAACAGUUGCUGAAAAUUCAAUCAAGUAUUUCCUGAAUUCGUACCCUACAUUGUUGCCGAAACACUUGCAUAAUUACUGCGCGCCGAUAGUGUUAGAGUUUUGUAAGUUUCUUAGGAGAUUAGGGGAGGAGGACCCUCUGUACGUCCUAUGCCGAGGUUCACUCGGUUCCUUGUUGGAAAGUGAUGGAAAUUCUCAGGACUCAGAACCUGUGGAGGGACUGAUUGGUGGGUUGAAAGAUAUUUCUCCAUUUGUUAGGGAGCUGUCAAGUAUUUUGUCUAGGGAUUUGGUAGUCAGUAUGGACCUUCCUGCGAGUGGCAGGCCGUUGUCGGAUGAUGUACGUGAUUUUAGAGCGUUCUUGCUCCCUUUGCGCACUGCAGUUGCCGAUCAAGUGUGUUUCAAGGGUUCUAUUUCUGCAACCUUGAAAGGGAGGACUUUUAGGCAUCCCCUGUAUGGAGAGGAGAUUAAGCUUCUUCACGAUAUAUAUGCUGAUUUGCUAAAUAAAAUGGAUGAAUGCCUUGGAAAAAUGGGAAAGGUGGAGGGUGAUUUUGCUCAUUCUGGAUGGUCUCAGUAUCUUGCUGUUUUAAAGGAAUUGAGUGGAAUUUCUAUGCUUUACCAGAGCUGGGAAGAACAAUUUAAGACUAUUUUGAGGCUUAGAAGGGCUCCAUUAUGUGCUCUAAUUGUCAAGUAUGCAAUGCGAAGUGACGAUCAUCAGUGGCUUAUUAAGCACAAAGAUGUGCUAGAUUUUGAGUCUCGGAGGCACUUGGCUAUGAUGAUGUUCCCUGAUGUUAAAGAAGACUAUGAGGAGCUGCAUGAGAUGCUCAUUGAUAGGUCUCAAAUAUUGGCAGAAUCCUUUGAGUACAUAGGGCAUGCGGAACCUGAGUCACUUCAUGGCGGUUUAUUUAUGGAAUUCAAAAAUGAGGAAGCUACAGGUCCAGGUGUACUGCGGGAGUGGUUCUUUUUGGUAUGCCAGGCCAUAUUUAAUCCCCAAAAUGCACUUUUUGUGGCAUGCCCUAACGACCGUAGAAGGUUCUAUCCUAAUCCAGCAUCUAAGGUUGAUCCUCUGCACCUGGAGUAUUUCACCUUUGCUGGCCGAGUGAUUGCAUUGGCUUUGAUGCAUAAAGUGCACGUGGGCAUAGUCUUUGAUCGUGUGUUUUUCCAGCAACUGGCUGGAGAUAUAUAUUUAUCUUUGGAAGAUAUAAGAGAUGCAGAUCCAUUCUUGUAUAAUAGUUGCAAGCAGAUAUUAGAAAUGGAUGCCCAUUUUAUUGAUUCAGAUGCUUUAGGGUUGACAUUUGUUAGGGAAGUGGAGGAGUUAGGAUUCAGGAAAACUGUGGAGCUUUGCCCUGGUGGGAAAAGCAUUGUUGUGAACAGCAAGAACAGGGGGGAAUAUGUUAAUCUGCUAAUUCAGCAUCGUUUUGUCACAUCAAUAUCUGAACAGGUGUCCCAAUUUGCGCAUGGAUUUUCUGAUAUACUCUGUGGAUCAAGGCUCCAGAGUGUGUUUUUCCGAAGUUUAGAGCUAGAAGAUCUUGAUUGGAUGCUUCACGGAAGUGAAAGUGCUAUUAGCGUUGAAGAUUGGAAGGCACAUACUGAUUACAAUGGCUAUAAAGAGACUGAUCCUCAUAUACUUUGGUUCUGGAAGAUUGUUGGGGAGAUGUCUGCAGAGCAGAAAAAGGUUCUUCUCUUCUUUUGGACCUCGGUGAAGUAUCUUCCAGUCGAGGGGUUCCGAGGUUUGGCUUCUCGGCUUUACAUUUACAAGUCCUCAGAGGCUUACAGUCGCCUGCCUUCGUCUCAUACAUGCUUUUACAGAUUGUGUUUCCCUCCAUAUCCAUCGAAGGCAGUGAUGAAAGGCCGCCUUAAUAUCAUCACCCAGGAACAUGUCGGCAGUAGCUUCGGGACAUGGUAGUAAAAUAUAAUAGGUGCAUCUACAUUUUGGGGGUCAAAAGGGGGGGCUUGACUGCACAUAAAAGAGAUUCGGAACUAAGAUUGUACAGUUUAUAGGAUACUGUUGUUGUUGUCGUCGUCGUCGUCGUCGUCGUCUCUGGUCGCUUGACUAAUGAUAGAAGAAGGUACCGAUGUUAGUGUUUUUCUUUGUUAAAGGUUUGCACUUUGCAGUGUCAUUGCUAUUUUGGCAACUGUUUGUAUAGCGUCGUUAAUAGGAUAAAUAAAUUUGGAGGCAAGAGAUUUAACGGACGUUGCUUUUCAUGACAUGUUAAUUUGUUGAGUACAAACGGAUCAUGCAAUGACAUAUUAUGCAAAAGUCUAUACAAAAUGUUUUCCCA